CAGUUUUUCAACAACCGGCAAAAUCAAACACAACAUUAGCCAUCAUCUUCUUGAUGAAAUCUAAAAUUUUCGAUAAUAUGGAAAUUCUUUCGAGUGAAAGAUGAAGUUGAAAUCGGAAGCUAUUGCUAUUUAUAUUUACUUAGUUUUCGCUUAUGCAGUGGUUCUGUUUUGCUACGGUUUUUUUCCUUUAUCAUUUUCACCUCCAACCAAAUCGACCAAUUAUGAUUUGCCUUCAUCAAUCGAUAACUUCAAAUUGGAUCCAACUGCAUAUAAGCCUCGUAUCUCUCGCGCAGUACUGAUGGUCAUAGAUGCACUCCGGAUCGACUUUACCGAACAGAAAGAAAACAUGCCGAUUCUGAGUAGAUUGUUGACAAAUGGUAGUGCUUGUAAAUAUCGUUUGCAAGUUCAUCCGCCAACUGUUACGAUGCCUAGAAUCAAAGCCAUGACAUCCGGAGCUGUUCCGAGUUUUCUCGAUGUUAUCCUGAAUUUAGGUAGUCCAGAAAUGAAGCUCGAUACGUUUAUUUAUCAGAUGGUUCAACAGCAACGAAAAAUUGUCUUUUAUGGUGAUAGUACUUGGACCAGUAUGUUUCCUGAUUCGUUCAUCAGAAAAGGUCCAAACGUAGAUUCUUUGUACGUUAAUGAUUUCUAUGAGGGCGACCGAAAUAUUACAAGCAAAAUGCGAACGGAAUUCUCUAAAUACGAUUGGAAGUUGAUGGUGCUACACUUCUUAGGGUUGGACCAUAUUGGUCAUGUGGAAGGGCCGUACAGCGACAAAGUGCCAUCAAAAUUGAAGGAAAUGGAUGAAGUUAUUGGAGAAAUUCAUCAAGCAAUGGCUUUAUGGACAGAAAAGUUCUACACAAAACCUCUCCUGGUCAUUACUGGGGACCAUGGUAUGCGCGAUUCCGGUGGGCAUGGCGGUUCAACACAUCCAGAAACGUAUGUUCCACUUAUAGUUGUGGGAAACGAUUGCGCCCGAAGUGACGAAUUAUUUCUACAGAUUGAUCUAGCUCCCACAUUUGCUACAUUGAUGGGUGUUGCGAUCCCACAUGCCUCUAUUGGAUCGUUGAUACAUCCCAUGAUGAACAGACUAACCCCCUUGGAUCGCAUGUACGCGGCGCACUACAAUGCAAAAAGACUUAUCGACAAAGCGAACCAAUUUUAUUUUGACACGUUAAAGGAACAAGAUUUUUAUAUCCAAUACAAAGAAGCUAAACUGCUGCACACAAUGGCUUUGCAGCAUCCAGAAGAUGUUUCAAUAUUGCAAAAGGUUCUGGACAAGUAUAGCAACGUUAGUCGUAAUUUGUGUCAGCUUUUAAUCAAACACUACAUUCGCUACGAUAUGCUUUGCAUCUUUAUAUCUAUUCUUAUCUGCAUCAGCGUAUGUGUUAUUGGUAUUUCAUUGCUGCUGAUUCCACAAUCUUUUUCAUAUAUAGACGUCAACAUAAGCUUUAUCCAAUGGAUGUUAAUAACGAUAAUUGGUUUAUAUGCCAAAUUUAGUUUGCAAAAAUAUAACAUCCUGGAAUCCGAACUUGUACAAAACUCAUACAUUAGCAACAGUCUGGCUCUAAUAAUAUUUUCAGUUAUUUAUCUCAACUGGAGUUUUAUCGUAGCACUGAAACGCCUAAUAAACUUAUCAAAAUUGAAAUCCAUUAUCCAUUAUGGUAUUGCUGGUAAAAUUAUGCUAUUCGGAGCCGUUUUUCAUACAAUAUCAUUUGCCAGUAGCUCUUUCAUUGAAGAAGAACAUCAAACCUGGCUCUAUCUUUCGAAAACUCUGUUUCUUUUGCUAACAGUCCUAGAGUUCACAGUUAUGAACCGCACUAUCGCUGAAGUUAAACAAGAAAAAUCAAAUCCGAUUGUUUUGAGAAUUUGUAAACGGGAUCGAAGUAAAUUUUGCAUCGGAAGUGUUUUAUUUUUCUGUGGACACAUAAUUCUAAAACGAUGGAACCAGACAGGUGAUAAAUGGCAACACAUCCCCGAUAUUGGCGAUUGGCUCAUAACUGAAGACAAUAAACAGUGGUUAAGUUUGGUUUUAGCGUUCGGUUUAUUCUAUCUGGUGGUAACAAUGGGUAAACUAACUGGACUACUAACAACUGUUCUGAGCAUAACUGCCUGUUUUCUCGUGUAUUACUAUCGAGCCAUGACUGGAGUUGUAGACCUGUUCGGAAUUAUUCUUUCCAGGUCCAACAGUUGUCUUACUAUUUUUUGGAUCAACAUAUUGGAAAUAUUUUUCAUUGGUUUCCUUCCAAAACUGUAUCGAAUCAUUAGGGGUGAAACUUGUUCAAAAUCUAGUCAUAUGCUCAUCAACCUGAUCACAAUCAGUGCACUGGUAUCUGCCCUUAUCCAUAAACCCCACAAUGUGCUACUGGUACCAGCACUUAUUCGAACUAGUCAACAUGUAGCGUUACGAAUUGACCACAUCGCUGUUGGAAAUCAAGAAAGAGUUAUUUUAAAAAUCUUAGCUCACUUAUGGCUGGGAAAAUUAUUUUAUUUUUAUCAGGGAAACUCGAACAACCUAGCUACCAUUGAUCUCAAUGCGGGCUACGUAGGACUGAAUCAGUUUGAUAUGACGCGUGUUGGACUGUUCUUAACUUUGAACACGUUCAACGGACAAAUUUUAGCAUUUACAAUGUUAGUUUAUCAUUUGCUCAAUGACGCCUCAGAUAAACAAAACGAUACGAAUAGUGCGCAAGGAGAUAGAAGUUUAACUUUGCGAUAUUUUCUUAAAUUACAAGCUCUUUUCGUUAUGAUUCCUCUCACUUUUUACAUCAUAAUAGUAACACUUAUGAGAAAUCAUAUCUUUGUGUGGACUGUAUUUUCUCCAAAGAUUAUUUAUGAAGUUUUUUAUGUUGCACUUACUUUCCUCAAGUUAGCCAUUGGUUAUUUUAUUCUGUGAUAAAAAAAGGCCGUUCGGAUCUUACGAAACUAAAUACGAGUUUGAAGUAUUAAAAUAUUUGUAACAAAAUAUAUGUGUUCAUUGUAAUAUAUC